AUGCCAUCGGAGACCCCUGAUACCCCCGACCGUGCUGGGCAUAGAGGAAAGAGACGUCGUGUGAGGCAAGUGGGUACUGGCUCGGAAGUCGAACAGGCCACUGACACCGCGCCACGGUUUUCGGCUGCCGUCUCCCAAACCACGCAGGCUCCUCCCAACCAGGUCACUCGAUCCGCCGCUCGCCAGCCGGCCACGAUCCCGCCAGCCCAGCAGGUCGGAGCGGCCGCAAUCCAGCCGCAGCCCUCGAGCAAUUUAGCCCGUACCGCGGGUCAACUGACGACCGAUGAUCUGCCUGACCACCUCCGGGAGAGAUUCAUCCCUGCGAACAUGACCGCUGCAGAUAUUCGGACCAUGAUGCGGGGUCUAGAGGCCAUAGUUACCGCAUACGCUCGCGCGUAUGACUGGCUUGACGAGCGAGAGGGUGGCCGUGGCCGUGGCCGUGGCCGUGGCCACGAUGGACAUUGA